AUGGCAACGGGGACGGCGACGGCCGCGCGGGCCCAGGCCCUGGCGUUGGCGCUCUGGGGCUGGGCGCUGGCCCCGGCGGGGGCCUUGGACGCUAUGGGCCCCCACGCGGCCGUCCGUCUGGCCGAGCUGCUGACCCCGGAGGAGUGCGACCAUUUCCAGUCGCUCCUGAAGGUGCCCGAGCCGGACGUCGAGGCCGAGCUGGCCCGGCUCUCUGAGGACCGGCUGGCCCGCGCGGAGACGCCGGGGCCCACGUCCAAGCCGCCGGGCAGGCUGUGGCGGCGGCGGCGGAAGCGGGCGGCGGCCGAGUCCGCGGAGGUGUCGGACGGCUGCCGGGAGAGGCUGGCGGACUGGCUGGCGGCCGAAGCCUCGACCCUCUCUUGGGACCGCGUGGCCCGGGCGUUGCGGCGCUGCGGCCGGCCGGACGUGGCCCGGGAGCUGGCCAAGAACCUCCACCAGCAGGCGACGCUGCAGCUGCGCAAGUUCGGCCAGGCCUACCGGCGCCC